AUGGCCGAAGGGAUUGACACUUUUCCAUUCCUGUACUCACGUUCGGAAAGGUUAUUUUCUGACGGCCCUUCUUCGGACGCAGCGGGUAGGUCUCGUCAUACAGCUCGACGAGACCCAGGACAUCAACAAUCAGCUGGGCACGAGGCUUCCAGCUGUCCCACGCCGGUGGAUAGCCACGCCAGCGGACGAGGCAACUCGUCCGGAUGCCAUUCACAUCGCGGUGGUUCAAAAUACGCUCCACUAGGAAGCGUUGACCACCGCUUGAGUCCAUUAAAGGAUGCGGUGGCGGUGGGAACACCUAAUCCGGCUCGAGGGUCGGAUCAACUUGAUGCUCAAGAGCUGAAACGUCUAACGGAACAGUUGCAAGAUGACCUGGCUCAUGAAGGGUCUCGGCGUUAUGGGCUUGAGGAUCUUGUAAGAAAUAAUUACAAAUUCCUAACGCACGAUCGUGCCGCGUUGGUAUUCGCACAAUUUGAGAAUGAACGUUCGCUUUGUUCUCUUCGUGACGAGUUCACUGCAGCUCGUCGAGACGUCGCUCAACUGCGUGAGCAGGUUGCUUCGCUAGUUGACCUGACUGGCUCGUUGAAACGGGACCACUCGAAGGUGGUCUCGGCUCUCGACCGCGGAGGCGUUCUUCGCAUCUUAAAACGGGCUCGUACUGAUAGUACGGGCGGAGACGUCCAACGUAAAACGUAG